CCGUCAUCUUUCCUUUCAUAUGGUCAAGUUCGGCUCCACAGCCACUAAUCGCUCGUCACCCACACUUUCAAUCACAAACACCAUGAUGCUAUUCCCAUUCACUUCUUCGCUUAUUUCACUAGCUCAUAACAUUCCUACUUCUCCGAGUUCAAAUACUCUAUAUAACGUCUUACGGUCUCCCAGAAGUUCUCUCUUCAAUUACCACAGACCACCGCCACCGCCACCACAUUGUCGGACGUGGACUGGAGAGCCUUUGGCACUGGUUCGACCAGACCAUAGUUCUGAGAAUGGCCAACAGAGUCCGGUUAAUUCCACAAUGAAAAGGACAUAUCUAACUCAACAGUCGGCUCCAUUAUCGUCCAGUGCUUGGACGGGUUUUCGUCAAUACUCUACCGAUCGGCUGAAAGCCGGACGUAAGCCACACUAGACGUACUGUACGCCUCGUCUUCACGUUUCAAAUAAGCCAUAGAUUCAUUAAUUUUAGCACGUAUUCAAUGCAAUUGUCUGAAUAUCUUGGGCCAGAAAUUGAUCAAGAGUUUCGAGUAGAGAUGGGACGAUGCCUGCGAUUGUUUACAUGGUACUCGCUUAGCUUCUGCGUGGCGACUAAGUGGCCCCUCAAGAUAGUAACAGAGACCAAACUUCGCUGCCCCUUUUUCUGUAACCUUAGUCAACUUCUAUGGUUGAUAAAUUCCAUCAGAUCACAAUUAUUGCCAACUAUAUCUUACUCUCGGAUCUCCGGAUGAGCACGGGCUUGGACCGUACUAUCGUACGAGAAUGGAUGAGCUGAGAAAGUCUACACGAUACAGACUUUAGAUUAUCAUUUUGAUCCAAUUGAUUGUCUCUAUACUUCAUUUCUGGGACAAGAAUCACCCCGAUCGCGAUUUCAUCCCCAUCCAUGCUGGUCCAUCUGCACGCCAUCGGACCAGCUCGCUUCGCUCGCCAAAGCACACUGCUGAAUCAGCACCAGCACUCCACCAAACCCGCACCCACGCCAUGCCAAAACCCAUGAUCGCCGAAAACCUGUUCUAUUCUUCUCCGAAUCCCAUUCGCAUCGGCCAUAACAUUCAUACUGGGGUGGCAUGACGACGGGUCGCACAAGCGUGCUAUUUGCUGUUUGCGUUCGAUAUUUUGGCUUUGUAAGCUGGAUUUCCUUACCUUGCGUGCUGGGCUUGUCAAUUUGGACAUGGACCCAGCUACUACUCGGGAACGGCCGCAUAUCUUCCUGCAUUUUGUUCUGUUCUUCUGAUUUUGACUUGUCGGCGAUAGCUGGGAUCCAUGAUGUCCGUGUCCGAUUUCGAGCGAAGCAUGGCGAGGGGUCGUGGAAGAAAGUUUGGGGAAGAUACUGCAGUGGAUUGAACUAUGACGGCGUUAUAAGGUUCGAGUGGAGUGGAAUUUUCUUGGGUUCCACUGUAUCGACUCUUAAAAGUAUAUAUGUCGGAGAAGUCUCCUCCAAAGCUGCUCGUUCAGAACACAGCAUUACCUCAUAUCAGUAUUACAUCUAGCUACUCAUUCAAGCAAUUCCUACAUAACUUUUGUAUCGUUUUUAUCUUUUCAAGAAAUAUAAUCUUGCAUCAACUCUGCAACCUCAUAACAUUAUCCAUAAUGCCAUCCUCUCACACACAACAAGGCCCUAAAACCGGCACCGGCAAAACCGUACUCAUCACAGGUGGUUCUGGCUAUGUCGCAGCUCACGUCCUCAACUCUUUCCUUUCACGAGGGUACCAUGUCCGUACCACAGUUCGCAGUCAAUCCUCUGCAGAAAAAAUCAAGCAGUCACACAAGAAAUACAUCGAUCAGCUAUCUUUCGCCAUCGUGGAAGAUGUGGCGACUCCGGGUGCUCACGAUGAAGCUGUAAAGGGUGUAGACGGUGUGAUACAUACCGCUUCUCCUUUCCAAAUGACCGUCACCUCCAACAAAACCGACCUCCUCGACCCCGCCAUAAACGGCACCCUCUCCCUCCUAACCUCCAUCCAAGCCCACAAUCCGCACAUCAAGCGCGUCCUCAUCACCUCCUCUUUCGCCGCCAUCCUCGACCUCAGCCUCGGUACCCGCCCAGGCUACACUUACACCGAAUCCGACUGGAACCCCAUCAGCUACACCGAAGCCGCUGAUCAAAAGACCCCCGGCCCAGUAGCCUACUGCGCAUCCAAGACAUUCGCCGAGCGCGCAGCUUUUGAUUUCGUGAAGGAGAAGAAGCCCAAUUUCGAAAUCACGUCCGUGUGUCCACCGAUGGUGUACGGUCCCGCAGCACACACCGUGUCCAGCCUUUCGAAUCUGAAUACCUCAUCAGCAGAUAUCUACAGACUGAUGAACGGGUCUACAAAGUCAGUGCCAGAAACUUCAUUCUAUGCAUUCGUAGAUGUCCGUGAUCUUGGAGAGGCGCAUGUCCUCGCUUAUGAGAGUGAGAAGGCAGCUGGACAGAGGUAUCUGAUUGCGAGUGGCGGGUAUACGUAUCAGCAGGUGUGCGAUGUUAUUAGGAAGGGAUUUCCGGAGAAGAGAGAGUUGGUUCCUGAAGGGGAGGAGGGUAGUGCGUUCCCUGAUGUUUAUGGUAUUGAUAAUGGGAAGGUGAGGAGAGAGUUGGGAUUGGAGUUUAGGGGGUUGGAGGAGUCGAUUGGGGAUAUGGUGAGGGAGUUUAUUGAGAUUGAGAAGCGGGUUGGUGCCUAA